AUUGAAUUCAGAAGUCAGAACUGUCAAACUAGUAAACUAAACGCGUUUGGAGCUGCGUGUAGAGUUGACGAUACAGUGUUAAAAAGUUAUUUAGAUAGUGUUUUUGUAUUUUCUGAUUUCUCUUUAUUGUGUACUUGUAUAGUGCUGUGAUUUUGUAUAUUAUAAUAUUUUUUAUCAUUUUUGCAAGGUAGUUUUAAGUGAAAAGUGAUUGCGUCGAGAGACGAAAGUACUGCAUUAUAGUGAAUGUGUUGUAUUUAAUUUUGUGAUAAAAUCAUUUAAGUGGCAAUGGCAGAUAAUUCAAAAUUGACUGAUGAAGAGAUAGCAGAAAUCAGAGAACAAUUCGCUCAGCUGGACACAAGUGGCAACGGCUACAUCGACCUCAAAGAGCUGAAGGACGCGUUAGACAGUGUCGGAUAUAAAAUACCACAAUGGAAGGUCCGUUGCAUGAUAGAAGAGUACAACGACAACGGCACCAAGCACGGCAGAGCCAUGAACGGCGCGGUGAACGGAGACUCCAGGAAGAACGGCAUCACCCUGAAGGAGUUCGAAGAGCUGUGCGCCAACCUCAAAGCGCAACAGGUUUCCAGCACAUUUAAACAGGCAGUCAGUAAAAAGGAGAAUUUAGAACAUCUAGGAGGCAUGAGUGAAGCAUCAAGUGAUGGUACGACGCAUUCGGUUCGCCAAGAGGAACAGAUGGCGUUCUCCGGUUGGAUAAACAGUAACCUGGAACACGACCCAGAUUUAAAGCACCUGCUACCCAUCGACCCUGAAGGCAAGCAGCUCUACGAAAAGCUCAAGGAUGGAUUGAUUCUUUGCAAAGUCAUAAACCACUCGUGCCCGGACACGAUAGACGAGCGCGCCAUCAACAAGAAGAACUUGACCCUGUACACCAAGCACGAGAACCUGACCCUCGCGCUGGUCUCCUCGCAGGCCAUCGGCUGCAACAUUGUCAACAUUGACGCGCACGACCUCGCUAAAGGUAAGCCUCACCUGGUUCUGGGUCUUCUCUGGCAGAUCAUCCGUAUAGGACUGUUCAACCAGAUCACGUUGGAGCACUGCCCUGGUCUCACCGAGCUACUGAACGACCAGGAGCGAAUAGAAGACCUGCUGGCUCUAUCUCCAGAAGCGAUCCUGUUGCGAUGGGUGAACCACCAGCUGCAGAGCGCCGGCGUGACGCGUCGCUGCACCAACUUCCAGCAGGACGUGGCCGACUCCGAGAUCUACUCGUACUUGUUGAAGCAGAUCGCUCCCGACGAUGCUGGAGUCACCAUGGACGCGCUCAGAGAAUCGGACCUGAUGCGUCGCGCGGAGGUGAUGCUGCAGCAAGCUGCCAAGCUGCGGUGCCGCGCGUUCGUGACGCCCGCCGACGUGGUGGGCGGCGUCUACAAGCUGAACCUGGCCUUCGUGGCCAACCUGUUCAACCAGCACCCUGGCCUGCAGCGGAACGAGACGGACGCCGACGCCUACCACCAGCUGGACGAGACCAGGGAGGAGAAGACGUACCGUAACUGGAUGAACUCAAUGGGCGUGGCACCUCACGUCAACUGGCUGUACUCGGACCUGACUGACGGUCUGGUCAUCUUCCAGCUCUACGACAUCAUCAAACCGGGAAUUGUUAACUGGAAGAAGGUGCACCGGCAGUUCUCGAAGCUGCGCAAGUUCAUGGAGCGUCUGGAGAACUGCAACUACGCGGUGGAGCUGGGCCGCCAGCUGGGGUUCUCGUUGGUGGGCAUCGCCGGCGCUGACAUCAACGAGGGCAACGCCACGCUCACCCUGGCUCUAAUAUGGCAGCUGAUGCGCGCGUACACACUGUCCGUGUUGACGCGGCUGGCCAACACCGGUAACCCCAUCAUCGAGCGGGAGAUCGUGCAGUGGGUCAACAACAAGCUGCAGUCCGCCGGGAAGACCUCCUCCAUUAAGAGCUUCCAGGACGAAGUGCUCGCUGAUGGCAAGGUGGUGAUCGACCUGAUCGACGCUAUCAAGCCGGGCUCCAUUAACUACGACUUGGUGCUGCCAGGAGCUAACGAGGAGGAAAAGUUGGCGAACGCGAAAUACGCCAUCUCUAUGUCAAGACGUUGCGGCGCGCGCGUGUACGCUCUGCCUGAAGACAUCACCGAGAGGAAGCCCAAGAUGAUCAUGACGGUGUUCGCGUGUCUGAUGGCCCUCGACUACAUCCCCUCGCUCGACGCGCCCGUCACACAGUCGGAGGGUGUUACCUCAUCACCGGCUUACGUAGAAGACCUACAAGAUGACGUCGCUCUCUUGAACAGCUCCGGCGAUUCUACCAACGUGGAGAUUAUCGAAUGCCUUGACGAUUCGGGUAUUGGCGAAACACCAGAAAAACCCAUGGUACCACCGAAACCUGAAAACCUGUCACCACUCCCACGAUCAACGUCUGUUACUUUGGAGUAAUAUGGAUUCAAAAAGAAAGAAAAAUUUUAACCAAUUUAGUUGUAUAUUCAAAUAUGUGUCAAAUAUUUUUUUACCAAGAGUUGUUUUUAAAAUAUAUUUCCUUAUAAAA